AUGCCUCAGACAUUCGCGCCCCGCGGGUCUCUCCUUGAGUACUACUUCACGGCCGACAGUGCCCUUUCACCUAGCAGCGAAGAUGACUUUCCUACGCCUAAGGCACAUCUGUUCAACAUCACACCGCAGCCUUCCCCCCGAUUUCCAUUCUCAUCCAAAUCGAACUCAUACGCCGACGUCAACCGCGUCAGCCGUGCCGGUAGCGACUUCGACUCCUUGUAUGAUAUAACGGACGAUGAGGCUGAAGUCCCCCUCCAUGCCUCUGCGUCAGUCAAGAAGAUUUCAGGUCCAAACCGCCGAGUGCGAUUUCCGUCCCUCAUUAUCCCCUCCCCAACCGCAUGGCCGACAAUUGAGAAGCUGAGGAGCGCAACUUCGGCUGUGCCGAUGACGCCCUCCGCUCUUCUCACACCCUCUCGCCACGUUCUAGACAUGAUCAACUCACACAACCUCCAUGUUCCGGGACACUCAGCAGCACCAUCAUUGGACGGAAGUCUAACAUCAGAAGAGAUGGAUAGGUUGAGCUGUCCAGCUACCCCUGAUACGCGCUCAAGGCGUGAUUCGUACUCGACUGAGGGCUCGUGGGCACCGGUGCAACUUGACUUCCAGGCUAUGAACACCCUACAACACCUUGGAGAGUCUGCGAUGGAACAAGACAGGGAAGAAGAUGAUGAUCAAGAAACGCCACCUGCAGAGCCAAGAGGAGAAAUGCAGCAAGUUUCACGCCCAUCUUUGGCCGUGACUAUUCCCUCGGCCUGCUACCAAAGCGAUUCGGAUGAGGACACACCAAUCUCUGCAAUCUCAAUCCCAUCACCCGGGGGCUUCUUCUCCUCUCUUCAGUCUGACGCCUGCAAUACAUGGAGCAUCCCAACACGUCAAGAGUCGAUCCCCAACACUUCAACUGCUGAAAAGUUCUACAAUCUGCCGUGGGAGGAACACAAGGCUGAGCCUGUGCCAGCUCUUCCAGCAAGUCGUCUGACUCUUAGUGGCGAAACACUUGAUGGAUUCAACGAAGUUAUGGCUACUGUUCGUCCAGCCAUCUUCAGCCCUGUUGAGGAGAACGUCGAAGUCAAGGAAAUCAAUCCCAGCAAGACUAUCUUUCAAUACAACGAGGACUACAACGCUGAACUUCAAAUGCUGUCUUCUGUCAAUCUCGAGAUGACCGGCCGAUGGCUUGAUGAUCAGGAUGAGCUUGUGUCUGCUCUCCGCAACAUGAGCGACAUCAGCUCUCCCAGCCUGUCCAGCGGCACUCACAGCCGUGGCAGCUCACUCGACAAGCCUGCGCUCAAGAAAUCCGUUACCUUCGCUGAAGAGACCGCCAAAGCUGACGAUAACGAUGAGGAGUCUAAGAAAAUCCAGACGUAUGUUCAGGGUCUUGAGUACAUACGCUCCAGAUGUGAAAAGAAAGACACCUUCAUUCACCGCCAGACUCGAGCCGAGGCGUUACACCUGCAGCGUCGCUGCAACCCUGCUGCCCACCGUAAUCAACUUCUGGGCAAGUACGAACUCAAUGAGCCAGAGCGCCCGGCUCCCGCUCGUCCAGUCUCCGAGUUUUACGUGAACGAUCCCACCGCGCUCAAGGAAAGGAUUGCCCGUGCUCAAACCGAGCGCCAGGCACUUGACCAGAUGCUUCCAAGCCAGUGGGUGAUGCAGGCGCAGAAGCAACUCAACAAUGGAAGGCUACUCAGUAAGCCCGCUGUGCGGUGCAUUACCAGAGCAACCUCGCCACGCAUCCUUGACGUUGGCGGUGUGGCCACCAACGACUGGGCCUGGAACGUUGCCUAUGACUAUCCUUACGCUACUGUAUGCACCGUCCAUACAGCCGGUAAAAACCUUUCUCCUGAUGUUGUCGGCCCCAGCAACCACAAGCAAACUAUCGUGCCCAACUACUGGACUAUGCCAUUCCCCAACGCUCAUUUCGAUGUUAUCUCCGCCCGUACACUCUACGAGCUUCUCAAGACCAACAAGCCCGCCGGCCGCUCUACCGAUGAGUACGAUCUCUGCCUAAAGGAGCUACACCGAUGCCUCAAACCUGGUGGCGUUCUAGAGUUCUCUCUGCUCGACGCAGAGCUGAUGCACGCUGGUCGCAACGCGCAGGCUAUGGGUGUCGAGUUCGCCUUCAACCUCAAGACCCGCGGAUAUGAUGCUCAGGCAAGCAAGACGUUCUUGCCGCGCCUUUCGAAGGCUGGCUUCAGGAACGUGCAUCGUACAUGGAUGGUGCUUCCUAUGGGUCAGACUGCUGCGAACUGGAAGGACGACUUGAAUGUUGGUGCGAAGGCUGGUGCGCAGGAGAAAAAUAUCAAUGAGAAUGGAGAGGUGGUGAUGCAAGACGCUCCUGUAUUUGGCUCGACGAACGAUGCUGCUAUGUUGACUGGUAUUGUUGGUUCGUGGGCGUGGGAGAAAUGGAUGUUGGAACUGCAGAUGGAGAUGGGUAAGGAGCAAGAGCGGCUGCUAGAGGGUGUAGUACAGGUGCUUGAAGAGGGUGCUAGGGAGGGAUCGGCUUGGAAGUCGCUUACUGGUUGGGCGAGGAAGUAA